AUGUUGUCAGAUAUCUAUCAGAGGUGUAAUGUCGCCAUCUAUGAACUUGCUGGUCCCGUAAAAGCUUUUCAAGACCCAAAAUGGAAGAAAGUAAUGGAGGAGGAGAUCUUCAUGAUUGAGAAAAAUAAAACUUGGGUGCUGGUCGACAAACCUGAAGAUAGAAAAGUCAUUGGUGUGAGAUGGGUCUUCAGAACAAAGUUAAAUGCAGAUAGUUCCAUCAACAAAUACAAGGCGAGGCUUGUAGUUAAAGGGUACGCACAAAUUUAUGGUGUUGAUUACUCUGACACUUUUUCUCAUGUUGCAAGAUUAGACACAAUCAAAUUGCUACUUGCAAUAGCAGCACAAAUGGAAUGGAAAGUGUUCAAACUCGAUGUCAAAUCAACCUUCUUAAAUGGCAUACUGGAGGAGGAUAUAUAUGUCGAGCAAGCAUCAGGAUUUGUGAAACACGGCACUGAUAUCCUUAUUAUGUCGCUUUAUGUUGAUGAUCUUUUGGUAACAGGAAAUAAUACAAGGCUGGUUGAGGAGUUUAAAGAAGAAAUGAUGCAAAUUUUUGAAAUGACAGAUCUUGGUCUUAUGACCUAUUUUCUUGGAAUGGAGAUCAAGCCAAGCAAAAGUGAAGUGUUCAUUUGCCAGAAGAAAUACGCAAAGGAAAUUCUGAAGAAAUUUCAAAUGGAGGAAUGCAAGUCGAUGAGCACACCGAUGAAUAAAAAAGAGAAGCUCUGUAAAGAAGAUGGAGCCGACAAAGUUGAUAAAGGUUAUUAUAGAAGCUUGAUUGGAUGCUUAAUGUAUCUCACUGCAACAAGGCCUGAUAUUUUAUUUGUUGUAAGUCUCUUAUCUCGUUUUAUGCACUGUGCAAGUGAAAUGCAUUUAAGAGUAGCAAAAAGAAUAUUAAGAUAUAUCAAAGGUACUAUUGACUAUGGUGUAAAGUUUGAGAAGUGUCCAAGCUUCAAGUUACUUGGAUUCUCAGAUAGUGAUUGGGCUGGAUCCGCAGAUGAUAUGAGAAGUACCUCUGGCCAUUGUUUCAGCCUAGGUUCAGGAAUAUUCUUAUGGUCAUCUAAGAAACAGGAAAUUGUUGCACAAUCAACUGUAGAAGCUGAAUUCAUAGCAGCAACAUGA